AUGGCCUUCCGCAAUGCUUACCAAUGGUCGCUCUAUUUCGACGUGAGCAUGAGGGCGAGGUGGCCUAUUUGCAUGGUCAUCCCAGCUCAAGUGGACGGUCUUGUUCUCUCAUCAGCUCCAGAUGGACAUUCUUUCAACUACCCGCUCAGCAGUAGUGCAUGGAGCAUAUUCCGCGUGGAAGACCGCAAUGUGAAAUGUGAUGUUAUGCGAGCUGUCACAAACCACAUCGUGGCUGGAAGAUGGGAAGAUCUCAAUCCCGUCGCAUCCUUUCAAGUAUCGCUUGUUUUCGUGAUCCGCGUGGAAGCAAAGCACGGCUGUUUGAAGCUGCGAACUGGUAUUCCCAGAAUUCAACCUCGGGAUAGGGCGAAGGAUGGCCCUGAUCGGGAAGAGCCCCUGUGGACCGGGGUUGUGCCCUUGUGUGAGCACCUGGGUCAACCGGUGCCAAGUGGAUUGACAAAUGAAGCAAACCUGUCUGAAAGCCUAGUCAAGUAUAUUCAGGAAAGGAACGAAAGGCACGAGAGUUACGCUAAAUCUGUUACGAAAUAA